UUUCCGGUGUUGUGAAUGUGUCUGGAAAGAUGGCGGUCAGCAUCCGAGGCCGUCCUAUCCGGAGUAUACGGAUGCGAGGACGGAAUGACAGCGGGGAGGAAAACGUACCGCUCGAUCUCACCAGAGACCCCGCCGACAACCUGCGCGAAAUCCUUCAGAAUGUGGCGAAGCAGCAAGGCGUCUCCAACAUGCGGAAACUGGGCCACCUAAACAACUUCAUCAAGCUCCUCUUUAAUGUAGGCCACUCCGAGGACAAGUUUGGCUUCACUUAUGAAGAAAUCAUCAUCUGUUUGCGGUUGGCCCUGCUGAACGAGGCCAAGGAGGUGCGUGCUGCUGGCCUCCGAGCGCUCCGCUACUUGAUCCGAGACACCGCCAUCCUCCAGAAGGUCCUGCGUCUGCAGGUGGACUACCUGAUCGCCAGAUGCAUAGACAUCCAGCAGAGCAACGAGGUGGAGCGAACACAGGCUCUGCGCCUGGUGCGCAAGAUGAUCACUGUGAACGCUCUAGUCUUCCCGAGCUCAGUCACUAACUCCCUCAUCGCCGUGGGCAACGAUGGACUGCAGGAAAGAGAUCGCAUGGUGCGAGCCUGUAUAGCCAUCAUCUGCGAGCUGGCACUGAAAAACCCAGAGGUGGUGGCCCGGCGUGGGGGCCUGAGCACCAUCCUGAAGAGCGUGAUCGACUGCCAGCUGAGCCGCAUCAACGAGGCGCUCAUCACCACCAUCCUGCACCUGCUCAACCACCCCAACACGCGCCAGUACGUGCGGCCUGACGUCGAGCUGGAGCAAAUCCUCGCACCUUACACAGACUUCCACUACAGACACAACCCUGACACAUCGGAGGGACAGCUCAAAGAGGACAGAGAGGCUCGUUUUCUGGCAAGUAAGAUGUCCAUUGUGGCCUCCUUUCGCUCCUGGUCAGGCAUCAUUAACCUCUGUAAAUCAGGCAACUCUGGAAUCCAGUCCCUGAUUGGCCUGCUCUGUAUACCAAAUAUGGAAGUGAGGAGAGGGUUGCUGGAGGUCAUGUACGACAUCUUCAGACUCCCUGUUCCCGUCGUCACACAGGACUUUAUCGAGGCACUGCUCAGUGUGGAUCCCAGCAGGUUCCAGGACAGCUGGAGACUCUCUGAUGGCUUUGUGGCCUCAGAGGCCAAAAUUAUUCUCCCUCAUCGAGCGCGGUCAAGACCAGACUUGAUGGACAACUACCUUGCUUUGGUACUAUCUGCCUUCAUUAGAAGCGGACUCCUGGAGGGUCUGAUCGAAGUGAUCACUAGCAGUGAUGACAGCAUCUCAGUACGAGCUACCAUUCUCUUGGGAGAACUUUUGCACAUGGCCAACACUAUUCUCCCACACUGCCAUAGCCACCACUUGCACUGUCUACCAGCCCUCAUAAACAUGGCUGCCUCCUUCGACAUCUCCCAGGAGAAGCGACUACGUGCAAGUGCUGCCGUGAACUACCUGAAGCGCUUCCAUGAGAAGAAGAAGCGCGGCCCGAAGCCCAACAGCCUGUAUCUGGACCACAUCAUCCGCAAGUCCGUGGCGCCGCACUACUGCAGAGAGCAGCAGCUCCGGCCCCAGAGAGACAUCUUCAGCAUCAAAGACACUGAGGAGGCGCUGAUGGCUAACCUGAGGGACAGCCACAUCCUCAUCCACAAACAGAACCUGGACUGGAACUGGGUCCUCAUCAGCACCAUACUCAAGUGGCCAAAUGUAAACCUGCGGACCAACAAAGAUGAGCCGAUGCACAAGUUUGUGCGGCGGCUGCUGUUCUUCUACAAGCCCAGCAGUAAGCUGUAUGCCAGCCUGGAGCUGGACCACAGCAAGGCCAAGCAGCUGACCGUGGUGGGCUGCCAGUUCAUUGAGUUCCUGCAGGAGUCAGAGGAGGAUGGGCAGGGUUAUCUGGAGGAUCUGGUGAAGGACAUUGUCCAGUGGCUGACAUCGUCGUCGGGCCUGAAGCCGGACCGCAGUCUCCAGAGCAACGGGCUGCUGAACACGCUCAGCCAGCACUACUUCCUGUUCCUGGGCACCCUCUCGUCCCAUCCUAACGGCGUCAAGAUGCUGGAGAAAUGUGGCGUAUUCCAGUGUCUGUUGAACCUCUGCUCUCUGAAGAACCAGGACCACCUGCUGAAGUUGACCGUGUCUACGCUGGACUACGGUCGCGAUGGCCUGGCUCGGGUCAUCCUGUCCAAGAUCCUGACCGCAGCCACCGAUAACUGCCGUCUAUAUGCCACCAAGCACCUGCGCGUUCUCCUACGCGCCAACGUGGAGUUCUUCAACAACUGGGGCAUCGAGCUGCUGGUCACCCAGCUUCAUGACCGCAACAAGGCCAUCUCUAUAGAGGCGCUGGACAUCCUGGACGAGGCCUGCGAGGACAAGGCGAAUCUACAUGCACUUAUUCAGAUGAAACCAGCACUUACCCACCUGGGCGACAAGGGCAUAUUGCUGCUUUUACGGUUCUUGUCUAUCCCAAAGGGCUUCUCCUACCUCAAUGAGAGGGGAUAUGUGACAAAGCAGCUGGAGAAAUGGCAGAAGGAGUAUAAUCUGAAAUAUGUGGACCUGAUUGAGGAGCAACUAAAUGAAGCUCUCACUACCUACCGCAAACCAGUUGAUGGAGACAACUAUGUACGCCGCAGCAACCAAAGGUUACAGAGGCCAAAUGUUUAUCUGCCAGUGCACUUGUAUGGGCAACUCGUCCAUGAUAAGACCGGCUGCCACCUAUUGGAAACCCAGAAUGUGGUUCCUGACCUAAGCUAUACGGUGAGAUCGCCUGUGCUGGACAAAUGGGAAGGCAUCAAGCAGCUGAAGGCAGCUCUCUGGGCACUGGGUAACAUUGGUUCGUCUAACUGGGGCUUGAACCUCCUUCAGGAGGAGAAUGUCAUCCCGGAUAUCGUUGCUCUGGCCCAGCACUGUGAGGUUUUGUCAAUCCGAGGGACCUGCCUGUACGUGCUGGGCCUCGUCUCCAAGACCAAGCAGGGCUGCGAGCUGCUCAAGCAGCAUGGCUGGGACGCGGUGCGACACAGCCGCCGGCAGCCGUGGCCCGUGGUGCCCGACGAGGUGGUGGAGCAGCAGCACCAGGUGCACCAGCACCAGCAGCAGCAGCAGCAGCAGCACCACCUCCUGCCCACCAGCCUGCUCUCCUCCGGGCCCAGCACACUCAGCCUCAACUCGGAGUCGACCAGCUCGCGGCACAACAGCGAGAGCGACUCCACUCAGCCCAGCAUGUAUAUUCUGGACGAUGAGAAGCUAGAUGUGUCUGACCUGGCAGAGGAGCAGCCGCUCUACAUGCGGCCCAAGCUUCUGAAGGACCGCAGCCCUUUCACCAUCCUGGCCUCCAGUCGCUUUGUGCGCAACCGCUUCCUCAUCUCCCUGUCGGGCAAGAAGCUGCGCAGCACCAGCGACCCCAAGGGCAGCGGCCUGGGCAAGACCCAGUCGGAGCCCAAGCUGGGCGGCCUGAGGCGCAACCGCACCGUCACCGAGCCGUCGGCGUACUCGCCGGGCAGCGGAGGCGGCGACGUGUUCAGUCCCGUCUUCCCUCCGUCAGACGGGCAGCUGAUGCCACGCAGCCCCACGGUCAGCUUGGAGACGUCCUUCGUUGGCAACAAGGCUGGCGAGAACCAGGGCAGCACGCCUAGCAUCAGUGAGCUGGAGGAGCGGCCGCCCAAGUCCAGCAGCGGCGGAGUGGGCGAGGCGGGGGUUACCGCGGCGACGGUGCCACCGGUGAUGGAGCAGACGAGCCGGGAGAGACUGGCGGGGGGCGACGGGCCGGGCGGCGGGGGGGUGCACUUCAAGAGCCGCAGCCAGAGCUUCAACACGGACACGACCACCAGCGGCAUCAGCUCCAUGAGCUCCAGCCCGUCGCGUGAGACGGUGGGCGGCCCCGACUACCCGGGCAGUGGCGGCACCACCACCACCACCACCACCACCACCGCGUCGUCCUCGUCGGCGGCCGGCGACACGGACUGCGCCAGCCUGGCCACGGUGGUGAGCGCGCACACCCUCCAAACCCUCCAGUCCCUCCGGACGCCGGCGGCGGCGCGGUCCGACCACCUGUCGCUGUCCGACCACCUGUCGCUGUCCAAGUCCAGCUCGGUGCUGCUGGCGCCGCCAGGCUCCUCACACACGCUGCCCCGCCGCGCCCAGUCGCUCAAGUCGCCCUCGGUGGGCGCCAUCGCCAGCCUGACGGACUGCAGCAGCAGCAGCAGCUUCAUGUACACCAGCCCGCGCGACGCGCUGGGCUACGCCACGCUCAAGCGGCUGCAGCAGCAGCGCCCACACCGCCUCUCCCACAGCGAGGCGCCGUGACGCCUCGCCAAGGACGGUUUUUCACCGGACACCAUCACCAUGAAGACGGGCAGCCUGGACUCCAGGCUCACACCACGCAGGUACACUAAAAAGCGCUUCAGCUGCCUGGGCCAAGGCUCAGCAGGGGGCCCCCGCAGGCAGCCCAGACUGCCCCUCCCACGGUUCCUGAAGGCCCUGAGUUUUGCCUCUCUGGAUAAGGAGGACCUGCUCAGCCCCAUCAGUCAGACGACCCUCCAGCGUUCCUCCUCGGUGCGCUCCAUGGUGUCCAGCGCCUCCUACGGCAGCUUGGACGACUACAUCGGUCUGGCCCUGCCUGUGGACCUCAACAACAUGUUCCAGAUCAAAGAGACGCCAUAUUUCCAGAAGAGAACAAGCCCACCAUCUGAGGACCGAUCAGCCAAGUUUUUUGCUGGAGAAUCUGAUGGUCCCAGUGAAGGCUCUCGGCACGCUGUGCUACGCUCCCAGCUGAGCAUUACGGAGCUGAUGUCGGUGAGCCGGGCUGACCAGCAGCAGCUGCUGGACCUGGAGGAGACGGGUCUGCAGGAGCACAGCGAGGACAACUGCCUCUACUGCGUGGGGCUGCAGGUGCUGGGCUGCAGUGCCAACAACUCCAGCUCCACCACCCCCAACCGACCAGAAUACGCUGACGUACCAUACUCUGAGUGGUGCACACAGCCCAUCCAUAACCAGCUGGAGGUGAUGCCCCAGUCCAAGUUCUCUGGAGUGUCAGGCUGUAGCGAUGCUGUGUCCCAGGGUUCAGUGGGCAGCACCCGCAGCACAGAGCUGGUGUUGGGGGUGAAGUCCAUCCCUGAGGACGCGCCAGCCUGUAGGGUCCUGCUCAGGAAGGAGGUCCUGCGGCUGGUCAUAAACCUCAGCUCCUCGGUGGGGACAAAGGGCCACGAGACUGGACUCCUCACGAUUAAGGAGAAGUUCCCAUAUGCGUUCGAGGACAUCUGCCUGUACUCGGAGGUGUCCUACCUCCUGGCCCACUGCAUGUUCAGGCUGGCCUCCCGCCGCUUUAUCCAGGAGCUCUUCCAGGACGUGCAGUUCAUGCCGCUGUACGAGGAAGCCGAGAGCAUCCUGUCCAUGCCGCCAAAGCUCGGCACGGUAGAGCCCUCUGCCAAAUCGUGAAUCCUCCAGCCUCAGCCCCACCCCAACCCCUUGUGUCCUGCCUGGCCCACCCUCCUCGCUCCCUUUGCUCUGUCUUCUUUGCAGGCACGGUGUCCAGUCUACACCACACCAUGCCACCCCACCCACCCACCUCCUCCUCCAGCCUCCCAAUCUUCUCCUUCUUAUCCAAAGCCUGGGAGCACUUGUUACUGCACUACUAAGGUUCCAGGCUAACGAUAAGGCUAGAUGGACAGAGACAAUGAUGGAGGAUGGAUUAUUGGACGAUGGGUGUAGAAGAGAUGUCUUCAAAACGUUUGGGAGGCAUGUUGUGGUAAGCAGGGUUCCAUAGAGAGAGAACAUGAAGAUUAUUUUCCUGUAUGAACAAAUAAAAGAGGGACAGAGGAUUGCUAUGGCUGAGUGACUCACUGAAAACUGUAGGUGUUGCAGAGCCACUUGAAGUGAGUUGUGACCAAAACAGAAGCUUGCACCAGUCAUCCGACAACCGAAGCACUGAGCCAUUGUGGUCCGUUUUCGGGCCAUGCCAACCACUCUGUAAAAAUCCAGAUCACACCAAACACAUAGAAAACAAACAAAAAAAAGUUAAAAGAAGAAUCUUUAUCCAUUCCUGCUCAGUUCUGUCCAGGUUUCCGUCUUCCCUCUGACUUUCUCUAAACAGUUGCAUCCUGUCAUGGACUGAUAUGAAAUGCCAGAAAAAAUGGCAUGAUUCCAGCUCUACUCUAUUUCUCUGUAGCGAACUUACAAAGGACUAACACUAUAAGGAAUUCCAGGAAUUCCAAGGAAUUCUGUUCGGAUCGCUUCUUAACGGACGUGGCCCAUCAGUGUCUCCAUUAAGAGGCUUAUUUAUUGCUGAUGUUUUUUUUUUUCUUUUGUUGAGUGAUGCACUUUAUCAAAGAACAACACAUGAUGAGCGGUGUCUUGGUACAUCACAUUUAACCAAUCAGACUAUCAGUGGUGCCACAUGGAGUACUUUCCCAUUAGAAUUGCAGCCCAACCACAGAUGUUUUUGACCACAUAAACAUUUAAGUAUUAAGUUAUAUUUUUGGAAAAAAAAUGGCUGGUUUAUUUAUGUGUAUGUGUGUAUAGUCUAUGGCGGCCAAUAAUAUUGAAAUGAAAGAACUGAAGCCUUUUUAAAGCUUGCUCACAUACCCCAUGGGUUCCUCAAAUUUGAUAUCUCACCAGUGAGGAUGUUUCCUCACGUUCCCCACUUUCCCCCUGAAUGAUGGUUGGUUUUGUAUCAAUGAACCCUCCUAGCAGUUUUGAACCCCAACAAAAAGUGUAUUAUUUUUGGAAGAAGAUGCUAUUCAUUCUGAUCAUUUUCUGGUUCUGGUUCAUUUUCUGGCAAACAAAAAAGCCACUUGACGCUACAAUGAGUUCUCAGAACGAGAAACUACAAAUAGAUCUAUGAGGAAAUACAUGUCUACUAUGGAUUGCAGCAACAGAUUCCCGAUAUUCAAAAAUGGUCUUUGUUCAUUCGUAACACACAAAGCAGCAGUUUUUUCAAACCCUGCAAGCUAUAACAAUAAUAAUAAUAAUAAUAAUAAUAAUAUCUGUUCCAUGGCACUUUCCAGUUUUAUAGUUGCAUGGCUGAGAGGCUAAACAUUAAAGUUGCGUCUUCAUAACUGUCUAACUGCAUUUGAAUCUGCCUGCAUUUGAAUGUAAGAAUCCCUUAGUGCAGAUGCAGGUUCCCCUUUGACGAUGGGACUUCUGCACGGACAUUUCAUCUGUCUCUGCUGAAACCAUCAUCAGCUUGGGUGAUGCCUAGUGACAAAAUACAGGGAUGAAAUCUAUCACGGCCAAAGUCAGGAGAAGGUCAAGAAUAUUAUGUUCAUAUAUGCCUUGCUGGUUUUGACUUGUAUCUAAAAUGUAUAUAGAUAAAAACAAAAGGAGGCAGCUUCCCUUUCCAUUUCAAUGUUCAACAUGCUAUGCUCAGUGCACCUUUUAAUUCAUUUUCAGUAUAAUGUAAAAUGAAAAAAGGUUCUGAAUAGCGCCGCCUUUAACUUGCUCAAUUGAACAACAGCUGCAAGGAACAAUGAGGGUCCUUGAGAUUUCUUGGCAAAAGAUCCCAUAUGGUACAGUAAGCCACUAGGCCCGGUCGGUUGACUAUCUCUAGUUGACUAGUCAUGAAGCAGAGCUUCCUUUGGUUCACGAAAACAUUUGUAUGCCUUUUCAUUGCCAUUUGAGAGGCAUCAUUUGUGACAUUUCAUUCACUUCUGUAUGCCAUUGUCAUACAAUCUGGCCCUUCCGGUUAUGUUUGGAGGUUGUUAUUUAUACUCAGAACUAUGCAAUGUUUUAUUUCAUAAUAAACAAAUAUAUUUCCUCAUUAGGUUUCUAGAACUGAGGAAAUAUACUUUUUUUUUUUUUUUCAUUCCAUAACGGCUGGACCAGUCCUAGUUCACGGGAGAUUUUUUGCCCUUUAUUGUUAGUUUUUAUUCAUAAUAGUAAUGGGUUGUUGAUAACCUUUAUUUAUUCUAGAAUUGUAGAAAAUGAGUAGUAACUAAUUAUUUGUUUUCCUUGGUUCCAUUCCUUUUUCCUUGCUCCCAACCCAGAAAAGGUCAUGACUCCUUUGUGCAUUCAUUUCUAACUUUAAACUGUUCUUAAUUAUCUACUCUUGGGCAAUACAUUUUGUUAUUUUGGGAAUCUGCGACUUACCAUUUGUGUAUUGGUGGAAGCUGUGCCUAUUAGGCCACUGCAUAGGAGAUCACAGCUUAGAAGGAGGAUGCAUUAACUGCUACCCUGGUGGUCCUUUUUCCCCAAAAUCAACUCCUGACAUCGACCUGUGUUUGCAUAGUUCUACAUUUUACAGUAUGUGCCUGCAAUUGGGGUUGUUUGAAGGGAUGCCAUGCCAAAUCUGCCAGUCAUGAUAGUUUGGCUAACUUUCAUACUUGUUCCUUAAUACUGAAAGGUACUCGUAGGACAUGUACAUUAAUGUAGAACUAAACAAUUUCAUUCUAUAAAGCCUAAAAAUCACACUUCACAGUUUUAUUGCACAUUAUAUUUAGUAAUUAUUUUGACGUUUGAAACUGAGUGAGAGCAUUCAGGAAACUAAUGUCUGAUCUGAGGGGCCAAAAAAAGACACUGCUAAUGGUCUAUUGAUCUCUACCUAUGUCAAUUCUUAUAUUACAGAACCAAUCAAAGUGGGUGUACUGUAUGUCAGUUGUAAAAGAUGGGAUACAAAAAAUUGCACCCUUCAUGUUCCUUUUCUAAGUUUGUAAUUACCUGCGCCAUAUACUUAUGACCUUAGAGCACUAAAUAGGGUGUCAAAUCUCUUCUUUAUUGCACAAUAGAGGGCUGAGAUUGAGCAAUGGACAUAAAAGUGUUAUUUAUAUUUAAAAAAAAUCACUGAGAGAGGCCUCUUAACAGAUGUACAUAAUGUUGAUGUUUUCUUUUUUCCUAGUUGUGGUUUCCCUUGUAUAAAUAGGCCUACUGUAUGUUUUUGGGGGCUUGAAGCUAUGGCUGCAGAUGAGCCUCAAGGAACUUUCUCAUCAAAGGGAUGGAUGCAUUGUUAAUAAAAAAAA